AUGAAAAAGGCAACAUUUUCAUCAAACUCAUCAUCUAAUGCACAAUGUCAGAAAUGUCUUAAACAUGGACACUGGACGUACGAGUGUAAAAAUCCUAUUAUAGUCUAUAAAUCUCGUCCGACUAGAACACAACUAUUAAGAAAUAAUGUUUCAUCAAAUCAAAAUAAAAUAAAAUGA